AGAACCAGGAAAGAGCAGUGUCAUGGAAACCAAGAGAGAAUACAAUCCAGGAACUGUCCCAAGCUGAAGAGAGUAUCAAAGGGAAGAGGGUGAUUAACAGUGUCAAAGACUUAUGGAGAGGUCAAGAAGGCCAUCCAACUUUCCCAGUCCUGUGACCCUCACAGUAAAGGACCGGGAUCAGAACUUGUGGUAAUGGCAUCUAAAGACAGAGAUUUCCCUCUGAGUUCUUGUUCAGCAGGUGACAGCAGCCUCAUGGUGAAGAUCAAAUGGGAGAAGCAGGAGUGGCUUUCCCAGGCACUGGAGGCCCCCGCUAUUCUGCCAGAGAAAGACAAGGAAAACAUCUUCCAGCAUCCUCUGGGUCAUCCACUUUGCCAGGUGUUGGGGAAGCCUCGAGUCGCAGGAGGGUGGGAAGAGGCCCAAGGCCCAGGCCGAAUUCCCAACGCUCAGUGGAUGGGAGGGUCCACAGCAGCUCCUGCUCCUCUUGGUCCACAGUUUCCAGUAGGUGAAGGACACUUUGCAUGUCCAGACUGUGGGAAGAGGUUUAGUUGGUGGUCAUCACUGAAUAUCCACCAGCGUACUCACACAGGAGAGAAGCCUUAUCACUGUGGCAAGUGUGGCAAGAGCUUUAGCCAGAAACCAAACCUGGUCCGGCACCAGAGGCACCACACAGGUGAACGGCCCUUCCACUGCUCUGAGUGCGAGAGACGCUUUAGCCAGAAGCAACAUCUACUCAAACACCAGAAGACACACUCCCGCCCUGCCAUCCACUCCUGUCCUGAGUGUGAGCGACGUUUCCGUCACAAAGUUGCCCUCCGUGUCCACCAGAGGACCCAUGCCCGUGACCGUCAGCUGGCCCGGGCUGAGUUGCAGAAGCUCCUCAGAGACAAGGUAACGCGAAAGCCCCGCCAGCCCCCUUCGGUAUCACGACAGUCUCCAGGCUGUCCCUGGGUAGAAGCUGGCAGAGGGUGGAGGGCCAGGCCUCCUGCCAAGGCUCGGACCUCUGCUGCCGCCUCCGGGGAGCAGCGCCAGUUCAUCUGUAAUGAGUGUGGGAAGAGUUUCACGUGGUGGUCAUCAUUGAACAUUCACCAGCGGAUCCAUACAGGGGAGCAGCCGUAUGCCUGCCCAGAGUGUGGCCGGCGCUUUAGCCAGAAGCCCAAUCUGACUCGGCACCUUCGCAACCAUACAGGUGAACGCCCCCACCUGUGUCCUGAUUGCGGCCGUGGUUUCCGGCAGAAGCAGCAUCUGCUCAAACACCAGCGCACACACCGAGUUGGGGAGAAAGCUUCCUUGUGCCCUGGUUGUGGGGAGAGCUGCCCCAGCCGGGCAGCCCUGCGGGCUCAUCAGAGGGCCCAUGCGACUGCUGAGCUGCUCCGUGGGGCAGCUUUCCAGGGCCGGAUGGUGGUGGCAGUGGCCAGUGUAGAACCGGGGUCUGGCUUAAUGCAGCCUGCAGAGUAUGCCCUGGGCUUCCCUCUACAGCCACCACCAGCAUCCCAGGCCCUGCACAGGGAUGAGGUGGUCUUGCCACGUUGGGGCAGGAGUCCAGGAGGCAUGACCCAAGCAGGUGGAGGAGUCCCUUCAUCUGGUACUGCUGAGCAGCGUCAGUUCAUCUGUAACGAAUGUGGCAAGAGCUUCACUUGGUGGUCUGCACUCACCAUCCACCAGCGGAUUCACACAGGGGAGCGGCCCUACCCUUGCCCAGAUUGUGGGCGUUGCUUCAGCCAAAAGCCCAACUUGACUCGGCACCAGCGGAACCAUACAGGCGAGCGGCCUUACCUGUGUGCUGACUGUGGCAAGGGCUUCAGCCAGAAGCAGCACUUGCUCAAACACCAUCGUGUCCACAGAGGAGGGGGCCAGGUAGUGCUAGCCACUACACACAGUAUCAAGGAAGAACCUUAAUGGAUAGAGAUGAGACUCAGGAAGUCUCCAUGACUGGGGAUCGUGUGCAUGUGUGUAGCGGGGAGGGUGGGGGAUAGGCAGGGGUUACAGUUGAUUUACUUGCUUGGACAGAAGACCUCUGAGAGUAGCAACUUUCCUGGGGAGGUUUCUCCCCAACCCUAACUCAAGAGGCAGAGUAUUCUUCAAGGCAUAGAAAAUCCAAACAGCUUGUGGAUGAGUCCUGAGAUGACCUGCUACCUUGGGUGCAGUGGGGUUGGGUUAGGCCAGGUAACAUUAACUCCAGUGACUGACUUCUUCCUGUUUUUCUCCCUACCCCUUUCUUCAGGGGACACACCGUGACCCUAGAUGGAGGGAGCAGCCUAGGGAGAAACCUUCAUAAAUGCCUGUAGAAGUUCAAAGGCAUGGAAUGCCUAGGAUGCAGGCCCAAUUAGUCUUAACCAGUUGCCAUACUGCUCCAUAAUGGCUCAGAGAAUGGGCACUCCAAAGAGAAAAGGGUCUUCAUAGCUGCACUCAGAUGCAUCAUCAACAUUGGCAGACUGAGGUCUUCUAAUGAUCCAGGGAGCUGUCCAAGCUCAGACUAGGGUACAAGGUGGGAGGCCUGGCCCAAGAGCAGUGAGGAUGGUACUUGGUUGGGGUUUGAUACUAUAGAGAUUCCAGAAGAAUAGCAAUGUCACAUGUCAUUUAGAGAACUAAAUGGUACCCAAGACGACUUAUUUGGCUCUUUAUCAAGAAUGUUUCAGAAAAAAAAAAUGAAGGAUUGAAUGUUCGAAAUGCUCUGAGUGCUCAUUUCCUUUUUUUCUCCUUUACCCCCCCUACUUUGUAAAUCUCCAAGACUCUGGAGACUCUAUUUGUUUUCUUCCAAGAAGCCACUCAAAAGAAUUCUCUUUUUUCUGCAUACCAUACAUGUACUCACCUCUCCUCCUGGAGAAAGGGACAGGAGCAGCUUGCUCUCAAACAUCUCAAGUCAAUCAAAAGGCUGAAGAUGUUGAGACACGCUGGUUAGAGAUCGCCCUGCCUUGACUUACUGGCUGGCAAGCAAGUGAGGGGCCAAUCGAGGGGAAGAUAAAUUGUUGGGGUUGAGUGGAAGAAUAUGGUCUUAGAGGAGUUCUUAGUGGUCCUAGCUACCCAUAGCUGCCUACCACUGAUGCCACUAGGGGGAUGGAAUAGGGGUGAAGGUAGCAUUGGGUAGACAGAGAUAGUGGGUACAACUUGACCUUGAAGGUGCAUGAUCAUUUUUUUUGGCCAUAAGUGGGUAGGAUAUAUAGUUUUAUUGAACUCCAGAGUGUGGAAACACCUUCUACUGAUAUAGAUGAGCAAUUCAUCUGUGAUGCAGUGUCUUAGGGAUUUGCCUGGGCACCAAGAGAUUAGAUGACUUACCCAGUGUCAAACAGCCAGUAUUGGUCAAAGACGAUUUAAAUUGAAAUCUUCCUAACACCAAAGCUAGUACUCUAUCUGUUAUGUUAUGAUGCCCUUCAAUAAUGGUAACUCUUUACUAGUUGUCUCAUUUCUUUUUUAAAUCAAGGUUGUUUAUUGGCAAGGAUACUCAUGAGGAAAUGUGGCCUUUCAUAUUGACCUCUGAUCCCCCAAAUUUCACAACCCCAAACACACUUUAGUACAUUGCACAUCUACUUCAGAGAGGAAUUAGUUAAGCUCUCUUCAGUGAUAGGGUGCUGGUUGGUUGGGUGGCUGACAGAUAUUACACAAGAAUUGGUGAGAGCCACUAGCCACUGCUUAGUUUAGGGUGUAGUGAUCUCGGAGUGUGGCUUCUCACUGUUCUUGAUAGUGGCUAAAGAGCUAUGAUAAGUAGGCACUACAAUGGCUCUUACAAAAUACAGAAACAGUUUUGGAGAGGCACCAGACCCACAAUGAGCAGCUUUAGUCGCCAAAAUCUCACAGGCACCAAGCCAGGAUGAGAAAGGCUCAUUAUUGGCAUUAUAGGGUCUCCCCUGUAGGGAGCUAGCAUCAUGACAGGUCGAGGAGGUGGGAGGAGCAUAGCCUAUCCUGAUGGAAAAAUGGAGAACAGAUGGAGAAUUUUUCCUUGCUGAAAUGUAGCCAAUGUUUUGUCAGUCGAAUGUGGAGCUUGCUCUUCCAUCCAUUUCUAAUGAUACUUUUUCGUUUUCUCAUGGGUGAAAGUAGAUCACUGUGGUCACAGUAGUUGGUCAUGAUGGUUCCUAAUCCAUUGGUCAUUUUGAUCUGCCUGGACAAGGUCAAUCUUCUGGGACCCAACCAUACCAUGUCUGAGCACCAUUGGGCCUUAUUUAACUUGAAGCCCAUCUGUCUAUAGUGCCCUCGUAAUAGACCAGUUGUGUUCCUACGCCUUUGGCUUCUAUCUCUGUUAUGAGCAUGUUAACAUCCUGUACAUGUGGAAUUCGUUUUUCCUUCAGGAUACCCUUAAGUGUUUAGGACAGGAAGUCUUACCCUUUGUUAGAGUACUUCCCCUCCUCCUCACCUUCAAAAUUAUACUGCUCCAUAUUUUUUUUUUCCAGAUUCUCAGCAGGGCUCCUUCAAGAAUAGCUUUCCCAGCACCGGCCCUGGAGUCAGGAGGACCUGAGUUCAAAUCCAGCCUCAGAUACUUACUAGCUGUGUGACCCUGGGCAAGUCACUUAACCCCAAUUGCCUCACUAAAAAAAAAAGAAUAGCUUUCCCUAGAGGCCCAAGGACAAUCAUGGAAAUACUCGCAAAAGGAAGGCCUCUUGUAGAGUAAUUAGCUCCACUGAGGAUCAGGGAAAUGUGUUUUCUGGAGUCACAAAAUCACUUGUGAUAAUCUGGUGAUGGCAACCUCCAACUCCCUAUGACUGGGAGACAAGGCUGUGAUGCUCUUGAUACAGAAAAUAAUACAAUUAAAUGCUAAGCAGUCUAGGGUUUCAGGUCUCUGUGGGCUAGAGUCUUUGGAGCAGACUCCAUAGAAGUGGCAGGUUCUGAGUUGGGCUUUGAAAAGUGGAUAGGUAGAGAAGGGAGAGUGGACUUUGGAUAAAGGCAUGGCCCAAGGUCUGUUUGGGAAGUCUGAUCACAGGAUUUCAGAAUCUUGGAAUUGGAUGGGACCUUAGAAAUUAUUUAGCUUAGCUCUUCCAUAAAUCCCCCCUAUGCUGUUCUUAUCAACUGGUUGCUCAGACCUCUAAUUACAGAGAAUUCAUAGGCCUGCAUCUAUUUCUUACAUGACAACCCUUCAAAUAACUGAAGGCUGUGAUUGAAUUCCCUCUUUAGUACUUUUUGGUUCUUUCAAGCUGCAUGUGACAUGGUUUCAAGAUCCAUUGCUAUUCUGGUCACCAAAUUCUGCAGGCCCCAACUUUAAAACGUCCUUUCUUAAAUGUGCUCAAAACUGAACACAGUCCUCCAGCUCAGAGUACCACGGGACUAAUGCCUUCCUUGUUCUGAACCAUAUGGGUUCAUUCAGAAAAGGCAGGCCAGCCUAACUAACUUCACUCUUUUCUGAUAGGGUUCCUGUAAGAACAGCUAUCUGCCAAACAAACCAACCAAAUACUAAGUUAAAUACAUCAAAUGGUGUGUAUAUUUUAUAUCAGAUAAAGAAGUCUGUUCCUGGGUUGAUGAGCAAGGAAGGAGCACUGACUCUUAGCCAAGUGGGCAAGCUUCAUGGAGGUGAGAUUUCAGAGGUUUUUUUGAAUCAGCCAAAGGUUGUUUUUCAGAACAAAUGAUUUUAAGCUGUUUGGCAAAGGGCUCCUUUGCCUUCCUCCCCAUCCCUAUAAUCUUCACAAGACUGACAGCUGCAGUUAUCCACCAUCUUCAGAAACUGGUGUAAGUCUCGGAUAGUCCUUGGGAAAAUAGGAGAAUUGGCUGCUACAGUGAUGCCAGUCACCAUGAAAACCAGCACUGUGGGUGCCACUUGGCAACAGUACAGAAGCAUCCAUAUGCAGUGGGAAGGUCUGGCACAACACUGUUCACAAGAGUUUUGAUAUGGAGCAGAGAGGGGGACCCACUGGGGUUUGGCAGGGUUAGGCAAGCGCUUUUAAGGGAGCAUCCUUAAUAGUAUUGAGUUUAGUAAAGAUAAAAAUCCUUGUGAUGCUUAAGGAGGGAGGAUUGGAAAACCAAGAAAAUUCCAUCAAAAACAUCCCACAGAACUGGGACAGAGGAGAGAGAGUACUGGAUAAUAUUGCUCAUGUGA